AUGCAAUUAAAACAUCAUGCUGUAGAUUAUCUUGAAUCUUUAGUGGGAAUUAAGAAGUUGCUAAAAAAUUUAAAAUCACAACUUCAAGAUACUGAAGUCAUUUUAAAUAAAUUGGUUAAACAAGGUGACAAUAAUGAUAAGUUACAAAUAGAUAUACGUAAUAAACUAUUGUUAGAAAUAAUUGUAAUUAGUGAUGUGGUAGAGUCGUCCCAAUGA